GACAUGAAUUUUUAUGGUCAAGAAUUCAAAAAAAGCCUGUCAGAACGGAAUGGCUACGCACUAUCUCUCCAUCUGUCAAUCUUCCCUCUCUCAGAGCAAGAAUAGCCAUGGCUAAAGAGAGCAGUAGAGACCUGGUCAAGAUGAUCAAAGGCAUUGGGAUAAGGCUCUAUGUGACAUCCUGAUAUGAGUGCUUUUUUUUAAUUUUGCUGCACUUUUUCUGUGUCACCAUAAAACCUACCGCCAAUUUUUAACACUUCCAAUCAGAUGGCUGAUGUCUCCGCUGAAUCUUCAUCUCCCAAAGCAGUACCUGAUUCAGAAACUGCUGCGGAUGACAAGAAGACAAAGAUUGAGUCCUUGAAAAUUAAAGCCAUCAAUGCCUCCAACAAAUUUUAAAACUCUUUGACAAGAAAGGGUAGAAGUAGUAAAGUGAUGUCCCUUGAAAUUGAGGACAUUCAUGAUGUUGAGGAGAUGAAGGUGGUUGAUGCUUUCCGCCAAGUCCUACUCUUAGGGGAACUUCUACUCCCAAGACAUGAUGAUUAUCACGUGAUGCUCAGAUUCUUGAGAGCCAGGAAAUAUGAUGUUGAGAAAACAAAGCAAAUGUGGACUGAGAUGCUCCAAUGGAGGAAGGAAUUUGGUGCUGACACUAUCAUGGAGGAUUUUGAGUUCAAUGAACUCGAUGAAGUCAUGCAAUAUUAUCAGGGGCAUCAUGGUGUGGACAAGGAUGGAAGACCUAUAUACAUUGAAAGACUGGGCCUAAUAGAUCCUACCAAGCUAAUGCAGGUCACAACCAUGGAUCGAUAUGUCAAGUACCACGUGCAGGAAUUUGAGAGGACUUUUGCUGUUAAAUUUCCUACUUGUUCAAUUUCAGCAAAGCAGCCAAUUGAUCAGAGCACAGCCAUCUUGGAUGUGCAGGGAGUGGGCCUCAAGAAUUUUAACAAAAAUGCAAGGGAUCUUGUCACUUGCCUUCAGAAGAUUGAUGGUGACAAUUAUCCCGAGAUGUUCAUCAUCAAUGCCGGUUCUGGAUUCAGAAUGCUGUGGAACACUAUAAAAUCCUUCCUUGAUCCUAAGACCACUGCAAAGAUCCACGUUCUCGGCAACAAGUAUCAGAGCAAGUUACUUGAGAUCAUUGAUGCCAGUGAGUUACUGGAGUUUUUGGGAGGCACCUGCACUUGUGUUGAUCGAGGAGGCUGUAUGCGUUCUGAUAAGGGCCCUUGGAAAGACCAAGAGAUUAUGAAGAUGGUCCAAAACGGAGAUCAUAAAUGUUCGAACAAAUGUGAGACUCCACAUGCUGAGGAGAAGACAAUACCUGAGGAUGAGGGAGUAGUAGUAGUGGCCUCAAAGAGACACACAUCUUUUAAGGUGGGGCCUAUAGAAGUUGCAAAGGAAUUAGAGUAUGCAUAAGUCGCUCCGUUCCUUGCACAAGUAAGUUUCUUAGAGUUCCUACAUAUCUUAUCAACCAUCAUAAAGUUCAGAAAUUUUUUAUUUUUGAUUCUGAUAGGUCCCAAUCAGAGUUAAUAAAGAUUUAGUCUAAGUUUGAUAA